UUCUCUCGUUGAAAGAAAAGAAAGACGGAAAAAAAUCCAAAGCAAGAGAGAAAGAAAGCAAGCAAGAUGCCCAGAAUUGUGAAUCUCCUCUGGGUUUCCUUAAUCUAAUUCCCACCCAAGAUUUUCCUCUUUCUUUUCUUUUUUGAAUUUUCUGGAAAUGGCGAAGACUGAUAGAGCCGUGGCGGCCAAGGCUACGGAGCUGAAAAAGGAGUUGCAGAGACUGGUGAAGGCGAUUGUGGAUGAAGAUGACUAUAAGGUUGAGACGGCAGACAAGGCCAUCAGAACCUUGUCGUCUUUGAAGGACUUGAAAUUGAACAGCUCUCUCUCUUUGAGAUUGGAUGAUGGUUUGGCUGUUCCUCAAGAAUUCAGAUGCCCCAUUUCAAGAGAGCUCAUGAGGGACCCUGUUGUUUUGGCCACUGGACAGACUUAUGAUCGUCCAUUCAUCCAGAGGUGGCUGAAUGAAGGCCACCGGACAUGUCCUCAAACCCAACAAGUUCUCUCCCAUACAGUUCUCACUUCUAAUCUAUUGGUCAGAGAGAUGAUUUCCCAAUGGUGCAAGGAGCAUGGAAUUGAUGUUCCAAAGCCUGUACAGAAUAUUGAUGAGGAGGUAGUGACCGAUGCAGACCGAGACUCUUUGAACUCACUGCUCGACAAGAUGUCCCGAUCCCUUUCUGAUCAGAAAGAAGCUGCAAAAGAGGUUCGGCGUCUAACGAAGAGAAUGCCAUCAUUUCGGGGCCUGUUUGGUGAGUCCACCAAUGCCAUUACUCAAUUGCUCAAUCCACUCUCACCAGGCAGGCCUGACACUCCUCCUGACCUUCAGGAGGAUUUGAUCACAACAGUUUUGAACAUUUCAAUUCAUGAUAAUAAUAAGAGAUUAGUCGCAGAGAAUCCAGUGGCCAUACCACUGCUUAUUGAAUCUUUAAAAUCUGGAACCAUUCAGACAAGGAGCAAUGCUGCUGCAGCCCUCUUCACAUUAUCGGCCCUUGAUACCAACAAGCUCAUUAUUGGAAAAUCUGGUGCUCUCAAACCUCUGAUUGACCUUUUAGAUGAGGGGCAUCCAUUAGCCAUGAGGGAUGUUGCUUCAGCGAUAUUCAACUUAUGCAUUGUCCAUGAGAAUAAAGGGAGGGCGGUCCGUGAAGGCGCAGUCAAAGUUAUUCUGAAAAAGAUCAUGGAUGGCAUACUGGUUGAUGAAUUGCUGACCAUACUUGCAAUCCUUUCCGGCCACCAAAAGGCGGUCGAGGAAAUGGGCGAGCUUGGUGCCCUUCCGUGCUUGCUCGGUAUCAUUCGGAAGAGCACUUGCGAACGCAACAAGGAGAAUUGUGUUGCCAUUCUGUAUACCAUCUGCAUUAAUGAUCGGACUAAAUGGAGGGAGCUUAGGGAAGAAGAAAAUGCCAAUGACACACUCUAUGGGCUUGCACAAACCGGGACUUCCAGGGCCAAGAGGAAGGCUAAUGCCAUCCUUGAGAAGCUCAGUAAAUUCGCAUCAAUAUCGCACACUACUUGAUGAAAUAAAUCCCUUUGUAGAUAUCCUCUUUUCAUCUCCUGCUGUACACACCAAUCCCAGCUUUGUUACCUGUAAAAGAGUUCAAAUAUUUGUACACAUUACCUGUAUUGAUCAUCAUCCUGGGCAACUUUUAGUCCAUCUUAGGCGUGUAUAGAUGAGCAAAAGUACAUUGAUUUUUGUUUUCUUU